AUGGAUCGGCAGUCGAUGACGGUCGGGCCGGCCAUGGACAUGCCGAUCAUGCACGACAGCGACCGGUACGAUUUCGUCCGAGAUAUCGGGUCAGGAAACUUCGGGGUCGCCAGGCUGAUGACGGACAAGCAGACCAAAGAGCUCGUCGCCGUCAAGUACAUCGAGCGCGGCAGCAAGAUUGAUGAAAAUGUUAAAAGAGAGAUAAUAAAUCACAGGUCUCUGAGGCACCCGAACAUCAUUAGAUUCAAGGAGGUCAUUCUGACUCCUACCCAUCUGGCCAUUGUUAUGGAAUAUGCUGCCGGAGGAGAAAUGUUUGAGCGAAUAAGCAAUGCAGGGCGGUUCAGUGAGGAUGAGGCCCGCUUCUUUUUUCAACAACUUAUAUCUGGAGUCAGCUAUUGCCAUGCCAUGCAAGUAUGUCACCGAGACUUGAAGUUGGAAAACACUUUGUUGGAUGGCAGUCCAGCUCCUCGUUUGAAAAUAUGUGAUUUUGGGUACUCAAAGUCUUCAGUGCUUCAUUCACAACCAAAAUCUACUGUGGGAACUCCUGCAUACAUCGCUCCAGAAGUAUUACUGAGGCAAGAAUACGACGGAAAGAUUGCAGAUGUAUGGUCAUGUGGGGUAACCUUAUAUGUGAUGCUUAUGGGAGCAUAUCCUUUCGAGGAUCCUGAUGAACCGAAAGAUUUCCGGAAGACCAUACAAAGGAUACUCAGCGUCCAAUAUUCCAUUCCAGAUACUGUUCAAAUAUCUCAUGAAUGUCUAGAGCUGAUAUCAAGAAUUUUUGUCCCAGAUCCUUCUGCGAGAAUUACCAUUCCUGAGAUAAAGAACCAUCCGUGGUUCUUGAAGAAUCUCCCUGCUGAUCUGAUGGACGAGGGCAACCAGUUCGAAGAGCCUGAUCAACCCAUGCAAAGCCUUGACGCAAUCAUGCAAAUCAUUGCCGAGGCCACUAUACCAGCAGCUGGAACCCUUGGUCUGAGCCCUUACAUGACGGACAACCUGGACAUGGACGAUGAUAUGGACGACUUAGACUCAGAGUCUGAACUUGAUGUUGAUAGCAGCGGGGAAAUAGUCUACGCAAUUUAA